CAUAGCCAAUGAGUUGGAGGUAUUGGUGGGCAAGGGACAUUGCAGAGACACACUGUUGGGAUUGUUUUAGAUCUGAAUCCAAAAUCAUAUGGAUCAAUUCUGGUUGCACAUGGAGAUAAUAUAUGAUUAUUUGAUUCAUCUUGUCUCUCUGUUGUUCCUUCCUCCACCUGUUUCUUUCUUCUCAUCUUUCUAUAUAAACUUGCAGUAGCAGCCACAGAAGGCAUUGCAGAUCAACUCAAUCCCAUCUCUUUCAUUCCUUCUCUCAUAUUCACCAACAGAAAACAAAAAAAUGGCAGCUAUUUCUUUCCAUGCUCGCUCCAACAGUUUGCCUACAGGAUCACACCCUUUAGUCUUAGAAAUCGAUGAGCAGGUUUGCAGGUUGAGAGAAUCUCAAGCUGCUUCCACAUCUUCAUCAUCCAUAGGCCACAAUCUUAAUAGCCUUUGGGUUGUGUAUGAUUGUGUUGACCAGUUGUUCCAACUGCCAACAACACAGCAAGCAUUGAUCAAUGACCAGAAAUGCUUCAAUGAGUUGUUGGAUGGAUCCUUGAGGCUUUUGGACUUGUGCAGUACUGCCAAAGAUGCCUUGUCUCAAAUGAAAGAGUCUGUUGCCGAAUUUCAAUCUGCAAUUCGUAGAAGACAAGGAGGUUUUGAAGGUGAAACCAGAAGAUAUUUGAAAUAUAGGAAGACUGUGAUGAAAGCCAUCCAAAAGGCCUUGAAGGGUAUGGAUAGCAAGAAGUCCACCUCAUCAAACAACGUCGAGACGAUCUCCACAUUAAAGGAAGCUGAAUCUGCUGUUGUUGAGGUUUUGGAGUGCUUGCUGUCAUUCAUUUCUCAAUCAAGCUCCACUCCAAGCAGCUGGUCAUUUGUUUCCAAGCUGAAAAGGGUUUCAGCAGCUUCCAGUGAGAACGAAUUUUCGGAUGUGGAUGCCUCUUUGAAGACAAACAAAUCUAGUGAGGAGAUCCAACUUCAUCUGAAGAAUCUGCAGCCAUGCAUUCAAGAUCUCGAGGAAGGAGUUGAGUACCUCUUCAGGCGUUUGAUCAAAACAAGAGCCUCAAUUCUCAAUAUCCACAAUCUGUAGUUACAUCCUCAAAACACUACUUGUACAAGUUGUAUAGAAAAUUUUGAUACUCAAAUCUAUAAAUAUACAUGGUCCUCAAGUUCCUGGAAACUUAUGUCUCUUUCGUUCCAUUGCUCUUUCUACCAACCCGCACUUUCUGUCCAUUUUAAUUGCCAUUUGCUUAUAGUACAAAAAUAACAGUCAAAGUAGCUUCUGGGAUCAUUUUAGAUAGUUCAGGUAAGUUAAGUAAGAGCUGAUGAAAACUAAAGGGGAGUCAUAAUCACAUGGGAGACAGAAUGAAUAUCAGUGAAUGAGAUGGAAAUAUGGCUGGGUUUGAUAAAAAAAACAAGCCAUCUGAUCUCAGCAUGUCUAUGCAAUUAUCCAGCUCAUUACCUAUUAUGCCUUAAUCUUCUAAUCAUCUCGUUCAAGGAAAGUCUGUAAUGCAAGAGUAGACUGUUUGUCUUUGGUAUGACUUUUGUAGGAACUUCGAUUUCAUUUAAACCAGAACCUCAAUCUACUACCACUGGCACUGUGAAUUCACUUUCACCAUUUCAACUUGUCCUUGGUUGUCAUUUCUUGAAAGGUUGUCAUCAAAUUUGCAUGUUCUUUGAGUGGGGAUUGCAACUACUCAGAUUACAAUAGCCAAUCAUUAAUCAUGAGAAACCUUCUGCCUCCCCCACGUCUCCUCCAUGCUGUAUUUUUCUUUGUAUAUUGCAUGUAUGCAAACAGAGCCACGUACAUAUGUAAAUGCAAAGUCUACGAUUAAGAAAUUGCUGGUCUGUCUUAUUCUGCAGGGAGUCGAUAAGGAAGAAGUAAUGUGGCAGCUCAUUAGAGAUGCCUUUGUGCCCUAUUCUGCUUACAAGGUGAACACCAGGCUCUGCUGACAUAGAAGAGAGAUGGGCUAUGAAGAUUUUAAAUGGAAGAAGCAGAAAGUAUGGAUCUUUGCCACCCUACGACUCAUCUACUGCUUCAGAGCUCCAUCCCUAAUGAUUUGGGUGACUUGGUAGGCAAGGGACAUUGCAGGGACACAAUGCUGGUAAGUGUGGUGGAUCCAAAUAUGAAAGCUUAGGCUGAAUAAAUAUCACAUAGUAAC